AUGGGAGAUAUUAAUUCUGUGUUAACACAACUCGCUCUUGUGAUGGAGAAGCUUAACAACGUUGGCGAAGACGUCAAGUCGCUUAAGGAGACCGUAUCAGAACAUGGAGCAACGCUUGAAACACUCACCUCUGAACGUGCUCCACCAAACAAUAAAUCCAUUGGGAAGUCUCCAAUCAAAUUCGCCACAGAAGAACUCUCUGAAGCAGAUGUGAUGAGUGAGAUUAAGGAAAACAAAGGGUUGAAUCCUCGAGGAUCUGGUGAGGUAUCGAGUUUAAAGGGGGAUAAGGCGAUACACACAACAAGUGGGAGAAUGUUCAGAGACGAACCCACCUCCGCUUUCACUGGUGGACCUUGGCCGUCGCGAGCUGUGGGUAGUGAACGCGGUCAUCGACGGGUCGAUGGAGGAGGCGAUUGGCAAGUAAGAGCAAUUGGUACAGCGGUCGACGAGACUCUUCAAAAUUACUCUUGUAACGCCCGAGUCGGGUUCUGGGUGUUGCGUCGAUCGACACAAGUGAUUUGCGUCGAUCGACGCAAGUUGAAAUCAAACCGACAAGUUCGGUUCUUGAUCGCUUGGUUUGGCGUCCGGUUUAGGGAACCCUAG